UGUAAUUUACUGUCGUUACUUGAACAAGAGACGCGCUGAAAACAAACAAACACACGCUUAAUAUCCAAAUAAAACCAUCAUGAGUUUAAUUCAUUAACACAGAGAUGACAUGGCUUCAAAAUCAGACCAGCUGCUCAUUGUUGUCUCUAUACUGGAAGGUCGUCAGUUUCCCAGGAGUCCACAGCACACGCUGGUUGUUGAAGCUCGGUUUGAUGGAGAGACUUUAGCCACAGACCCUGUAGAACAUAAAGAUCAGCCGCAGUUCUGCACGGAGCUGGCGUGGGAGCUCGACCGCAAGACCCUUCACCAGCACAGACUGCAGAGAACACCAAUCAAGUUACAGUGUUUCACAGUGGACUCGAGCACGUCUGCGAGAAAGUGUGUAGGAUACAUCAUCCUCGAUCUGAGAUCAGUCCAAGAGAUCAAACAGGCUCCUAAAUGGCAUCCUUUACUCAGUAGCAAGUACGCUAAACUGAAACCGUCACUGCUGAUCGGUGCGAUGUUAGAAAACGACACCAAACAAACACCUGAGCAGUUCAAGGCAAAGAAAGCUCCUCCAAGAGCAGGUUCUCCUGUUCUGGUUCCUUUGGACUCUGGUAAUCUCAAAGCGGUUCUGAAUGAGGAGGAAGGUUUUCAUCAGAUCGGACCGGUAGAUCUUUGCACAGACAUGUUUGUGUUGUCAGUGACAGUCGCUUUUGCUACCAAACUGGAGCAGUUGAUCUCCAGCUCAGUGAAGCUGUCCAGUGAGGGUUCAGAGUUCUUCUUCUAUUACACUCUUCUGGGAAAUGAUGUCACCAGUGAACCCUUCCAGAACCUCAUCCGUCCCAACUUUGAGCCUGAACGGGCGUCUGUCCGCAUAUGCAGCAGUGACCGAGCUCUGCGGCUCUUUUUCAGCCAGCAGCCUAAUCUCCAGAUUCACCUGUGCUGUGGGAAUCAGUCUCUAGGCAGUACUGAGAUCAGUCUCGCUGGUUUAAUGAAGAACAGUGUUGAUCUGUCGAAACAUGCUGCCACGAUAGAGGGAGCGUUCAUCCUGCAACCCCCGAAUCGAGCCAAAGUCAACCUGGAGUCUGUCCCAGCUGACCUGCAGCCCACAGUGGGCGUGUCCGUGACACUGAGAGGGGAGGAUAUCAAUAAUCGGUUUGAUGUGCAUGCUGAAAAUGGUCCUAAAACUCCAGUGAAGAAAGUGUCUGUUCCAGCCGCCCAUCUUGAACGCCCCUCAGAGGAGCAGAGGGCACAUAUGACCCCGUCACCCGCCCGGACAUCACCCGAUCACCCGCUCAGAUCUCUUGAGCACUCUGAGAGUGAGGCAGAGAGUCUGUCCUGUGAUGUCAGACAGGCCCCGCCCACAGCCACACCCAGAACACAUGAUGUCCCUGUCGCCCCUGAUGUGCGUGUGCAGACUGAUGCUCCAGGCUCGUCAGUCUCGGUUUCUGCUCCAAAGAUCUGCAUCCCUGCGUCUGCUCAUCACUACUGCUUCAGUCUGGAUCUCCGCAGCGUCCGAGACCUCCGGACCAACUUCACGGUCAACUGCAUCCUGAGAUACACAUAUCAGUUCUUCGGCAGUGCCGCGCCCAUCAUGACGAGUCCAGCGGUGGAGAUACAGAAGAACACGGAGGUCUUUCUCCCACAGUCGUACUGCGCCUUUGAUUUUGCUGCUCUGCCCAAUCAGCUUCAAGAGACCUUCCUGAGGGUUCCUCUCCUGGUGGAGAUGUGGCACAGAGACUCAAGUUCUCCAGAUGUUCUCUUGGGUUCUGUCAGUAUUCAGCUCUCUCAUCUCCUCCGCUCAGAGAAAACCCGAAUCCUCGACCCGUCCGGCCAGCAGCACUGGAGGCAGAGCUGUACCGAGAGGCUCCCGAUGAUUAAAACUGACGGGUCAGAGAAGUUGGCUGAACUCUGUUACGUGGCCGUUCUAGAAGAUCUGGGUUUCGUGAAAGCUCAAGACAUUCUCAUCUCUGAUUCAUCACAGGGGCCACAGACGGCAGCAGCAGCCACUUCUCAGGGUCACGGGGAGACGGAGGUUCUCACACGACCCCGAGAGACCCUGGAGUACAAGGCGGCGCUGGAGCUGGAGAUGUGGAAGGAGAUGCAGGAAGAUCUCUUUGAUAAUCAGCUGAAGCAGAAGGAGUUGAGUCACAUGCAGGCGCUGGCGGAGGAGUGGAGGAAGAGAGACCACCAGCGGGAGGUGUUGUGUGUGUUUCAGGAGAUGGAGUAUAAUCUUCUAGAGGAGCAGCUGCAGAAGACUCUGUCUGAUCUUGAGAAGAGAGAGAAAGCACUCGCACACGCUGAGAUGGAGACGCAGCGGCUACAGCGAGAGGUGCGCGCAGAACACGAGUUCAGCAUGCGAGAGCUGCAGGACAGCGGCCGACGUCUGCGUGAGGACUGUGCCCACCAGGUGGAGCUGGAGAGGUCAAAGGUCAGGCAACUGGAGGAUCAACUGAGCCGACAACAACAGCAGAUUCAAGAGGCAGAAAAUAAAUACAGACAGUUGGAGAAAGAGUUUCAUCAGUACCGAGACCAGCAGAACGUUCGGCCAGAGAUCCGUCUGCAGUCAGAGGUCAAUCUGCUGACCCUGGAGAAGGUUGAAUUGGAGAGGAAGUUGGAAUCGGCGACUAAAUCUAAACUGCAUUAUAAACAGCAGUGGGGACGCGCCCUGAAAGAGCUGGCCCGAUUCAAACAGCGUGAGCAGGAGAAUGCGAUGUCACGGCUGAAGCAGCAGCAGCAGGAGUUGCAGCAGAUGCGUUUGAAGUAUCUGGCAGCAGAAGAGAAGGAAGCUGUCAAACACGACAAACAUGAACUUCAGGACAUUCGUAACCAGCUCAACAGAUUGAAGCAGCCGGAUGAAUCGAGGAGCUGGAGUGAACCGGCACGCGUGUGUGUGGACGGCAGUGCCGAUGAUCAUGUGACCCGUCUGCUGGAGGAGAGAGACACACUACUGCGGACCGGAGUUUACACGCAUGACGACAGAAUCAUAUCUGAACUCAACAGACAGAUUCAGCAGGCCAUGAACCACAGACACUCACAAGAUCAGAGAGAGUUGAGCUCAUCGUGACGCCUGAUGCAUUUAAUGAAUCUCAUAUUAAUGUGUGUUUUAAGAAGAGCAAUGGGGGAGAAAUUAACUGUGUUACCUUGGACUGAUUUUCAUUAUCAAAUUAAUACUUAAAAUAUAUAUUCCAUGACAAUUUGCACAUUUUCACAUUCUCAAGCGUCAGUGUGUGUUUGAUAUCAGCAGGUGGCGCUCUCUCUCAACAAAUCACGCCAUCAUAUUUUUAUACUGUUUUGGAAUAUAUCAGGGCUUUAUGUGUUUAUUUAUAGUUUUUAAUGUGAUGUUAGUGUAUUUCCAAUUGUUAAACAAAUUCCUAGAAUGAACAGCAUUUCUAGAAUGUUCCGGUCUAUUGCAGAACAUUCAAUAGGAACUAUGAAGUCUUUUACAAUUUUGGAGAGUCAUUCCUGUAAUUUAGGGACUUUUCUGUUGUGAAAAUGUUGAAAAAAAUGAAACGAGCUUUUAUAGGUGUGUUUAUGUUUCAUGAUGAAAGAUUAUAUACAGGUCUAGCUCAAUGAUUUAAAUGCAGAUGUCCACUAAUUAACCACUACAUGGUCUGUGAAACACAUCCAGAUGUAAUAUUUGCAAACUUAUAGUGAUGGUUUGUAUUUCUGUUAAAAUGACAUUUCUCCUAAUAGCUUCACAUAACAGGGUGAGCAUGUUGUGUUUGACAGAAGAGAGAUACACGUAUUAAAUUAUGCCAGAACGAUUUUACUGAUGUCACUUCCUGUGUGUGACGUCAUUUUAUAACGUCUCAAUAUCAUGAUGACGACACACUUCAAACAAAUCACGCGACACACAAACACCUACACUAAAAAAUAAAAAACCUCCACUAUACGUGUUAAAAUUACACAUUUACCACAAAUAAUACAUGUGAGAGAAUGCACUACUAAACACUUCUGUAUUGAAAAGAUUUGUUAAUCUAGCACUAAAUGUGUUUUAAGGUGCAGCUGGGGUCACAUGAGGAAAUGACAUUAGUGCAAUAAAUGUUAAUUAUUUACGUUAUUUAAAAUUUGACAUUUAGGCCCAAAUCAGUGUGCAACAUUACAAAUAGUAGAAAUACUGUUUUUUUUUAAAAAAUUUUACAAACCAAUUGAAAUUAAGCAUUAUAAAUAACAUAACUUAUACUUGGGACUUAAAAGUCAUCAAACUGAAGAAAUUACCCUUAAAUAAUUUGUCAAUUCAGUUUUUUUCUCCUACAAAAUGUAGUCGUUUGCGUUUGUGCAUCAUGUUCCAUUCAUCGUCAUUCUAAAGAGUUGUGCGCAUGCGUUCACAAUUAAAUAUGGCGCCUUUAGAUGCUUCGUGCACGUUUGAAAUCAGUAAGCGCGUUUACAUGCACGUUCUUACUGCAAUUAUGCUUAAUAAGCUGGCAAGGUUUGUGGGUUAUGUAAACGCCUUAACGGAAUAGUUCACCGAAAACUCCUCGAUUUAAACAGGCCCAUAUUGAAGUCCUUUUCUACUAUAAAUCUCUUACAAACAUCCCUCCAGAGAUCUUUUUAUUUUUGGUCUUUCGUAUUCUUCAUGCAUAUUGCCAACUACUGGGCAGGGAGGAGAAUUUAUAAUUAAAAACGACUUAAAUAUUGAUCUGUUUAUCGCCCACACCCAGGGGUGUAGCAGUCAUGUUAAAUUUGGGGGGGGACCCAGCUCUUAGUUUGCACAGACCCAACACUUACAGUGCAGUAUUUAUACAGUAUUAAUAUACACGUAUAAGUUUUAUAUUAUAUUCCGGACCCUCUUGCAAAAGAGAGUUUCCUGGUUAGGGCUGGGUGAUAAAAUGAUAUCCAUAGAUAUCACGAUAAAGAAAAUCCAUGAUAAACUUUUGAGGUAGUUUCGAUAUUUACUGCAUGUCGCUAAAACACAAGCAGUGUUUCCACUGGGGCGGACGAAAUCCGCUCAAAGGCGUUCACAGCGCUAGGAGAGAGUCGCUCCGCACCGCUGCCAAUCCUACGAUCCACCUUGCGAGCAUGAAGCUCGCUUUCAUAGGAAACGCUCUCAGCUUUGCUCACAAUGCGCCAGUGGUAAUGUAGACUGUAUGAACUUGCUAAUGCUAGCUACCUUGCUAACGAUUAGGCUACGUCGGACACCGGAUUGAUUCCAUCCGCACCGCUAGACUUCAUGACAACGGUUGCGUCCACUCAUCGUCUCUAGUGAAGCGACAGAACAACAGUGAUGUGGACGACAGCUCUGAUCUUUCUGCGCUGUAAUCGUGAAUAUUGUUCUCUAGCACCAAACAUGCAUCAUUUCUGCCCGUCCCGCUCCGCACGCAUCGCCUCUUUCCCUGCAUGUGUGUGGACAUGAAGCGCCGCAUGAGUUAACGUGUUUCAAAGCAACUUUUAGACCAAAACGUUUGUCCCUUCUGAAUGUGUCUUUAUUAAUCAGCAUGUUACGAGCCUUUAAUAAUAAACAAAUCCAAUAAAAUCGAUUUCUGUUCUCUCGGGACACCCCUGAACCCACAUUCAGCAUCACUCCACAGUCACACGGGCUUCUAUGCCCCAUAUUUGAGUAUCUGAAUCUAAAGAAAUAUAAAACAUAUUUCAUUUUAAUGUAAAAAUAUCCCAACAAAUACUGGACUGCUGUCACUAUGAACAAACCGAUGAUCUUUAACAUUUAUUUUCAAUUAAUAAACGGUAGAAGACGGUAAAAUUGGUGACAGACCCCGCUGGCCGUCUCUGGACCCCCUGUGCAGUUUU